UCCUCUUCCUCUUCCUCCUCCUCCUCGUCUUCCUCCUCCUCCUCCUCCUCCUCCUCCUCCUCCUCGUGCUCGUCAGCCUCCUCUUCGUCGCCGGCCUCGUAUGGCGCCUCACUCAGCUCCACAGUCACGUUGCUCUCGAUGCUGAGCAAAGCCUACGAAGCUGUACAUCCGCUCCGGCGACUGAUGCCCUCGGCCGGACACGGAGCCGGCAAGACCGAGGCAACAUGGGCUUGGCCGGGUCUGGUGGCGGAGAACACGUGGUCACAGCGGACAGUCAGAGUGAGUGUUUCAUGCUGCCGGCCGGUCGUCAGCCAGGCUUGCGUGGCAUCAAGAAAUGUUUAUGUUGUGGUGGCCGCCAUUUUGUUUGAUGUAUCCGUUGUCGAGACGAAGAAUGGCGGAAACACUCAAGCAAGACAUUUUCUGCAAGACAUUGCGGUACCAAUUCCAUAUCCGAUGCGUCCGAUUUGUGGAUGUUACGCAGGUACCGGUCAAACAGAAUUUUCCCCAUCAAAAAUGGGCCCAAUCAAGUCAUAG